GUUUAACUAGGAAUAUUGACAUGGUUAAGUGUGUCAGGAGUACUUUGAUUUUUACAGUCAAUAUUGCUAACGAACACUAGUGUGCAGAUAAAUAGUAAAUACACGAUCAGAGAAAAAAUAUCAUUGAGAAUGAGUUACACUUUAUAUGAAUAUUAUUUUCUGUUUUUACCCUGACAAACAACCUGAAUAAAAAACACGUAUUUUCCUAGAAAGAUAUCAAUGAAAUUGUUUGGAAUAAAGGUCUAAAUUUGAUUAAAGAUAUUCCUAAACUUUCAAAUAAGACAAUGGCACGUGUAAUUAUAAACGUUUCUGGAACACAUUUUGAAUUUGAUCGUAAAAUUUUGGAGAAGAGGGCAUCUGACACACUCACGAAAAUGUGCGAAGCAGCAGAGAACGCAGGCAAGCCGUUAGAGUUGUUCGUGGACAGACCUUCGGAUUGUUUUGCAGCUGUUCUAAGUUACUAUCAGACUGAUGAGUUGCACAUGCCGGCUGCAGUGUGUCCAAAAGCGUUUCGAAAGGAACUACGUUACUGGGGAGUUGCAGAGACGGAUCUAGAUAAGUGUUGCCUUUACAGGUAUUAUACUUUUUUCGAUGAUUUUGAAACGCAUGAACAAUUUCGCCAGGAAAAGUUCACCCAGGAAUGUACAGAUGAAUGGCUCAUGCCAAUCUAUAAAGACAACAAGGUGAACAGACUAAGACUUAAAAUAUGGAAGGUGACUGAUUUCAAAGAAAGCACCGUUUGUGCAAAGAUUUACCUUGCACUGGUGUUCCUGAUGGUCAUGCUGUGUAUAAUGACACUAGCCUUCAGUACAGUUCCUUCCUUCCAGCGGAAAGUAAGCAAAUGUGAACUUCUGGAGUAUCUUGACUAUUCCGAAAACGAUCACGCGGAAAGUGCCAGGAUAAAACUAGGAGAUCCGGAUUGUUCUGGAUUCGUCUAUCAUGACAUUGAUGAUUUAGCCGAUGAGAAUCUUUAUUGGGAAGAGUAUUAUGAAUAUUACGUCGAUGGUAAUUGGACAACGUCUAAAACAAACGUGACGCUUCCAGAGCUGUCAGUGCGAUUGUUUGUUUUUGAAGUUCUUGAAAUUAUCACCGCUGCUUUUUUUACCAUCGAUCUGUUACUUCGACUGUUCACUUGUCCAUCUGUAAUCAGAUUCUUUCGAUCUAUUAUAAACAUUUUAGACAUUUUGGCUCUUGUAGGCUUCUACGCACAUGUAGCUGUGAUUAACACAGAGAAGGAACAUAAAUAUCAUAUAAACUGGAUACGGUUCAUUAACUAUCUACAAAUACUCAGGGUCAUGAGACUUUUCCGCGUUGUAAAGUACGUGCGUGCCUGUCAAGUACUGACGUUCUCUCUUCGUAAAAAUGGCCGUGACAUGACACUGCUUGUGUUGUUGGUUAUGAUCAGCGUGAGCACGUCGGCAUGCUUAAUUUACUUCAUAGAAGACAGGGAUGUCAUAGAAUCUAUCCCUGUUGCUUGGUACUGGGCAAUGAUAACGUUGACAACAGUGGGAUACGGCGAUAUAACACCUAAAUCAAGCGCUGGUCGUCUUGUUGCGGCAUGCUUGGCAAUCUGUGGCGUAUUGCUACUUGCCAUAACACUUCCAAUGUUUGUAAAUAACUUUCUAACUUUGUACCAGUAUUCUUGUCUUGAUGAGACAAUACAAAAAUGUAAAAAGAGCAAAAAAGAGCUAAAAGGUUCAGUCAACACUACAGAUGUCGCUCAUAAAAAGACAGAAAGUAAUGCUGAUAUACAAAACAAUAAGGAACAAAAUAAUGACGGCUUGCCUAAAGUAAGACAUACUUUACCACAUGAAGCUUCUUCUGUAGGAAAUACGGACAAAAGAAAUAAUGAAAUCACGACACUGAAAGAAAUCUCGCCAUAGCAUCCAACUUACAAUAGGCCACCAGUCAUAGCGUCGAUACAGGUUUUUGAUAUACUUUGCUUAUUAAAAUGCUUGUCUCAUUCUGGAAAUAACACUUCAUAAAAAGGCUUUAACUGUAUAAAUGGCUUGAAAGAUCAAACACUUUUCUUUUCAUAUUUUCCCACAUACAGUACAUAUUUCCUCUAGUCAAAGACCACCUGUUAAUAGAUGCCACUUUUCAUUUUGCAAGAGUGACCUUUAUACCAACGUUUAAGUGUACUUUAACAGUGUCGCCAUUUUGUUACUUAAAAGACGUAAAUUUUCUUAACAUUUUGAAGUUGUUUAAAACAGGGAAAGUAAAAAUGAUUGUAUGAAGAUCAGUACGUUACACUUAAACACCUUUAGUGAAAUUAAUUUUGUUUUAACUUUUACCCUGCUAAAUUUUUUAAAUGGACUGGUCCGUAAUUCAGUUUGGGCAAUUCCAUUUAUUAUUCGAAGGGGUGUUCACUGAAAAUAUACUAACCGAAUAGCGAACAGUGGUAGCAAAGGCAAAACUAAAAUCCGCCAGCAGGCUAAAGGUUAAUCAGAAUCUUUCUUACUAAACUACUAUUCUUGCAUAAAAACUACUUUUUUCACUGGAUCCGCCCAUGUAUAAACGGGAGAAAAAUCGUGUGCAAACAAGGCAAUUCACGUGCUAUUAAUACAUGAUUUUUAUUUUUGAAAUGCUUUGCCAGGGACAUAUGUAUGUAUUUCUGCACAGACUGAUAUUUGGCAUCUGCAUCUUGUUUCUUCCAUAAUAACCUCUUCUUGUAGCAUUAUAGAUACAAUGUAAUCCAUAGUAUGUUUAGCUGUAUCAGUUUCCAACCCCAAACGUACUGUCCCCAUCAAUGUACACACUAGCUUCUCUUAGAGUUAACUCCCUUUACCAAGCGUCUGUUCAGUUAUUGUAAAUAACUGUGAAUAUAAGUAACUUGUGCCAUUGCCCGUUUUGAGGUAUUAUAUUAAUGAUUUUUGUAAGUAUCAGUCGGUUUGUUUUUACCUGAUUUUUCGCAGAAUUCAUAUAAAACCCUCGAAAGCUAGUCACUAGCUUCGUACUCAUCCGUACUCUAAGUGUGUUCGUACUCAAAAUAAUUCGAAUGUAAAGUUGUUAUUCUUAAAACUGUGUUCCUGUUUAUCAAAUUUUUAAGUUAUAUGCAAAUUUAUGUGUAAUGUAACGUUUGUAAUAACUAAAAAUAAAAAUAAG